AUGAGACAGCAACAGAAGCAGAACGAGACUCACCAUACCGAACGGCAAGUCGUAUUGUCGGACCUGAACGCGAAGAUCGACGGUCUCGACGUCGCGAUCGCCAGUCUGAUGGCAGAACAGCAGACGUUGAAAAAGGUCCGGGCAUACAUCCUGUCGACAUACGACAAGGCAACGGAUGCCUCAAACCACACCACUACUCCAGCAAAUUCAGCUUCCAAAUCAUUUAAGGGGCCUACAUACCCUCGGCACUCUCUUACAAUGAAGAAAGCACGGUCAAGUCUCCGCCAGGAAGUCUUGAUCCGAAACGCCAUGGAGAGGGAAAAGAGUUCGUCACCUCCAGGAUCUGUUGGUCUUCUAUCUAGCGAUGAGUUUGAAGCUUCUUUCCCAAACCACGAAGUGCCCAGUGGCCACGACAAUAGUAACGCAGAUGGCUGUGGCGGCGACAUCGAUGCCAGACGUGAUGUCAGGCCAUCCGUGGAAGGCAUAUCUUCUUCAACCGCGGAGAACCACUCUGCUCCUUUCUCAAUCACAACAGCCAAGGAAGCCACACGUAGCACCACUCCUUCUCCGGAUAGUGAGAUGACCACACUCGACCCACCCGCUCGGAAUGGCAAAGGUGUUCACUGGCAUGCAAAACGUGUUAUCAAACGCAAGUUGCAGGCGAAUGCGGCCAAAGCCCGAGUUGCGCGCAUGCGAAAGUUGGAGCAGAUGAACAUGGCAGCGGCAUGA